AUGGAGGGAGAUUCUAUUACUCUACACACUGAUGUUACUGAAAUACAUGAAUACGAUAACAUACUGUGGAUAUGUGGAGCUGAAAGGUGCCUCAUAGCUAAAAUCAGCAUUGAGAACCAAAUUUUCUCCACAUCUGAUAGUCCUGAUGGGAGAUUCAGAGACAGACUGAAGCUGGACAAACAAACUGGAUCUCUGACCAUCACAAACAUCACAACUGAACACGCUGGAGUUUAUCAACUAGAGAUAGCUGGAGCAAAACUGUCAUCAAAAACAUUCAGUGUUUCUGUCUAUGCUCGUCUGCCUGUUCCUGUCAUAAGAAGAAACUGUUCAUCAUCAUCAUCAUCAUCAUCAUCAUCAUCAUCAUCUUCAUCAUCACAGCAGAAUUGUUCGUUGUUGUGUUCAGUGGUGAAUGUGGGUCAUGUGACUCUCUCCUGGUACAAAGGACACAGUUUACUGUCCAGCAUCAGUGUGUCUGAUCUCAGCAUCAGUCUCUCUCUACCUCUGGAGGUGGAAUAUCAGGAUAAAAACACCUACAGCUGUGUGCUCAACAAUCCCUUCAGCAACCAGACCACACAUCUGGACAUCAGUCAACUCUGUCACACAUGUGCAGUGCUGGACAGAAACUCUACUUCAGAUUAUUCAGUCUUUGUGUCUGUGAUUGUGAUCUCUGCUGCUGCUGCUCUUGGUUCUCUGUUGGGUGUUACUGCAGUCAGGAUCUUCUGCAUCUGGACAUGUGGAAUCUUUGAUUACGAAGGCAAGUGUUAA